AUGUACACCUUCGUGGUGCGCGACGAGAAUAGCAGCGUCUACGCGGAGGUCUCUCGGCUGCUUCUCGCUACGGGUCACUGGAAGAGGCUCCGGAGAGACAACCCUAGAUUUAACCUCAUGCUAGGGGAGAGGAACCGGCUGCCCUUCGGAAGACUGGGUUAUGAGCCUGGGCUGAUGCAGUUGGUGAAUUACUACAGAGGGGCUGACAAAUUGUGUCGUAAAGCUUCUUUAGUAAAGCUAAUUAAGACAAGCCCAGAACUAUCUGAAUCCUGCAUGUGGUUCCCUGAGUCCUAUGUGAUAUAUCCAACGAAUACCAAGACUCCAGUUGCUCCAGCCCAGAAUGGAAUCUCCCCUCCAGUCAGUAACUCAAGGACAGAUGAAAGAGAAUUCUUCCUGGCUUCAUACAACAGAAGGAAAGAGAGUGGAGAAGGCAACAUUUGGAUUGCAAAGUCAUCAGCUGGCGCCAAAGGUGAAGGCAUCCUCAUCUCCUCGGAGGCUACAGAGCUUCUGGAUUUCAUAGACAACCAGGGCCAAGUGCACGUCAUCCAGAAAUAUCUUGAGCACCCCCUGCUUCUUGAGCCAGGUCAUCGCAAGUUUGACAUUCG